AAAGGCUUAUGCACCUCCACUAACUGUUUUGUAGGGUUUAAUUUUUUAGAUGUAAAAAUUGCGCUCAAUUUUCAUUCUGAAGUGGCAUGGAGACAUUUUUGAUUUGCACGUAAAUUGUGGAUGAUUACAGUUCCAAUAAACACCACCUUUCACCGGAAACCGUUGUUGAUCCUCAGGGGAUCCGAGAGCCUUAUCAUGGACUGACCGGUUGGGUACAGCGACUAUCAAACGAGGGGCUGUAUUUAAUCACCUUUACUUAUGUAAACUCAACCAUGCACCGCAUACCGUACAGUAUACGUACACACCCGUUUUAUGAUUGCGUGCAACUGUUCAGUACUUGGUUCACGCAUGAGUAGCUUUUUACAACGUUGUCGAGUACCUGCUCUUCAAGGCCUGUGAGUAUGGUCUCUAUUUUGUAUGGUAGACACAAUCGGUGGAACAUUUUAGAUUUGUUAUGGAUUCCAAAUCGUUCAUAUGUUCCAUUUUCCUAACGCUCUUCGCAUUUGUGGUGCUGGCCGCCACCCAGCCCACGGUCACAGUCGAGCAAGGAGUUGUGGUGGGCAUGUCUGAGAGUUUCCAGGAGUCCCAGUUCAUCGGCGUCAACAAGACCAUUGAUGUGUUCAAGGGGGUGCCGUUCGCCGAGCCGCCCGUGGGACCGCUGCGCUUCCAGCCCCCGCAGGCGAAAGGCUCGUGGAACGGUACAUACAACGCCACGUACUUCAGGGAUGCCUGCCCACAGACCAAUUAUGUGACCCAGUACAGCGAGGACUGCUUAUAUUUGAACAUCUACGCACCUAGACCUGCUAUAUCUGGUGGUGCAGCCGUGAUGGUUUGGAUCCACGGGGGUGCGUUUGCCGUUGGGAGCGCCUCUGAGCCCAGCUACAACGGAAUCCCACUGGUGGCUACAGGUGACGUCAUCCUCGUCUCCAUCAACUACCGCCUCGGCGUCUUUGGGUUCCUUAGUACAGGUGACGACGCCUUGCCAGGAAAUUUGGGCCUUUUGGACCAAGUUUUGGCCUUACAGUGGAUCAAGCAGAACAUAGCAGCCUUUGGCGGUGACACGGAUCGUAUCACGAUCUUCGGCGAGAGCGCCGGAUCAGCUAGCGUCAGUUGGCUGGUGCUGUCCCAGCUGACUGCCGGACUGUUCAACCGGGCAGUAAUGCAGAGCGGCACCGCCUUUUCGCCUUGGGCUCUAAAGAAAGAUGCCGAUGCAAAUCGAAACACGGCCUUUCAGCUCGGUCGAAACCUCGGCUGUGAUUCCUCAGACAGCACGGCUCUGGUGUCAUGCCUUCGGACCAAGAACAUGUUGGACGUAAAAUCGGCUGCAGAUAAUCUCUUUUUUCUCGGCGCGCCAGUUAUUGACGGAGCUUUCGUGGACGACACGCCGGACGACCUUUACACGGCUGGCCGCUACAGCCCUGCCGAUAUUCUGGUUGGCUCCAUGGCAGACGAGGGAACGUUUUACAUCGCCCUCAACCCUCUAUACGCAGAGUACUUUUAUUCCGAGGACCCACCCUUCAUGAAUCGGGAUACCUGCCGCGAACUUAUCAGCUACGAAUUGACCUCCACCUUUGGGGGUUCCAAUCAGCAAAUAGUCGACGACAUCAUGGCGCUAUACAGUGAUUCACAGACGUCGGACUAUUUCCGUUCCUUCGUCGACUUCUACACGGAUUACGCCUUCGCUUGCGGGGCGAACCGGGCAGCCAGCCUGCACGCCCAGGCAGGCGACGCAGUGUUUCUGUACCAGGUCACCCAGACGCCGAGUGUGUCAGUGUUUGACGACGACAACGGGAACGGGCCCGGGUGGCUAGGCGCGACCCAUGGUGAGGACAUCACGUUCGUCUUCGGUACGGCGUUCUCACGUGGGCUGCAAUUGACAGACGAGGAAAAAGAGCUCUCAGUCAAAUUCAUGAAGUAUUGGACCAAUUUUGCCAAGACUGGGAACCCCAGCAUGAACACCAACGCUUCCCAGCCGGAAUCGGGCAGCGACUUCUGGCCACUGUUCAACACCACAUCCGUAGACUAUAAGAUUCUCAACGUGAACCUGGCCACGGCUAGCGCCCUCAAGAGAGACGUUUGCAAAACUUGGAACAACAAUCUGUUCCCACGCCUGGAUGAAUUGGAUACGGACAACGGCGCGGCUGGAGUUUAUGACAGCGUCGGGAAAUUCCUGGUACUGACGAUUACGUUAGUAUCAUCGUUUGUGUUUCUCGGGUAAAGUUCGGCUCUGCGGAUUCCCACAUCGGAAGCAUCACAAUAAUGGGUCUGCAACUGUUCGAUGUGAAAAGUAUGAACAACGCACGACGGCGUACAUAGCGCAGCGUGCGUAUUGGCCUAGGUAAAGGCGCCUUUCCAUAAUGCUCUCAACACUUGCGCGAAGCAUUGCGUAUCCUUCGAACUCGCUCCCGGCGUGCACACCUGUGUUAUGUUAAUGGGUCGAUUUUUGUGUCCGUGAAAGUGUAACAACGCUUCGUGUAUGCAAAGCACCCAAGAACGUACAUAUGGAAAGGCGCAUUAAGGCUGCAUCUGAAUCUUCAUCUGUUGAAUAUACGCAGGUACACGCUAUACACAAUAUCAGGUUUUGUUGUCGCUCUGGAAACCCGUUUCGAACACGGUUUAUCAUAGUCGCUUCGACUUUGUCCCUUAAUGUGGUGCGCGUUUCCCUUGAUUUAUAAACACAGUGAACCCCUUUAAAAGGCUUCACGAUAUCUUGAAUCGCUUUUACUCUUUAGCAAGCAAAUGUUCCAGUGAUAAUUUUUUCUCCCUUAAUUUCCCCGUAAUACCUUGUAAUAUAAGACGUAAGAGAGGUAUGCCUACUGGUGUAUGGUUGAUUUGGAGACCAUUUGUAAAAACAAAUACAAACCAAAAAGACCCCGUAAUUUUAUGUUCUUGGAAUACUAAUGUUGAACCCUGCGUUACUCAUAAAGUCCACUUUAGGAGACCGCGCCUUCACCUCAGCAGCACCUAGGUUGUGGAAGCCUUGCCCUCGGACAUGAGAUUUGACCACUCAUUGUGUUCUUUUAAAACUAAACUUAAAAACUUUCAAGCAUUUGGUAAUUCUAAAUCCUUGUAUCGCUCUUAACUUUUGGGGAGGGACCUAAUGCUGUAUGGCGUAUAGUAUAGAAUUUCAUUCGCUCAUUUUGUGUGUGUUUUUAAGUUAUACUGUGUAGGUUACAUGUAUUUACAAGUUUAGAUAUGGGUUCUUUUUAGUUAGAAUAUUUAUAUACAGCUAAUGAUACUUUAGUUGUUUCAUUUCAGUUAUAAUUUUUUUUUUUGGACUGUCGUGUGUUGGUCCUUUUUAUAUUAAUCUUGGUUACUACUUAGUUACUAUUUUUAACUAUGUAAUGAAUUACGAACAGGUGUGUCCUGGAGAAAGCACAGCAUAAAUUCAAUUAUUAUUGGUGGUAGUAUUAUUAAAGUGGCCUUUGACUGAUGCGAAUCACUGCUGGCCUAGGAGUUCUGAUUGCCUCAUAUUACUGUAAUUAAAAAGAAUGUAUUUUGGUAGUCUUACAUGCCGUUUACGUUGUUUAGCUUUUAGACACUUAUUUAAAAUUUGGAUAUCCGAUCAGAAAGUUUUUUCUUCCCAAAGGUUUUUGCAUUAUUAUGAAAAGUGACAUCAUGAAUUUCGCUUAAAUAAUUGGUCUCAUCUCACUCGAGUACAUGUAACUUUUGUUGCUGUACUUGGGUUUGCAAUUUGAACUUGAAAAAAAAGUUGAAUAAUUUGGAUAAUGUGAAAAAAGGUGUCCCUUUGAAAUAUUUGAUUAACCUGAGUUGUCUGUGCGCGCCUUAUACGUAGUUUUGUAAUGUUAGACACAUAAAAUAGCGUAUAAACCCCCAAAGUAAUUAAUGAGCAUGUGUAUAGUUAUGCCGUCUUUAGUAGGUCAGCGCAUAAUGGAGCCAAGUAUUACCAAUUCUGCAAAACUCUAUUGACAAGUUGACAUUAUUAAGCCACUUGGUGUCAAUUUUCAGUCCAUCACCCCAGCUCCAUAAACGUUCACAGCAUGUAUUGUUUUAUAAAAAGGUUAAGAGGUUUCAAAAUGUAUAUAAAAAACUUCAGGGAAUUACUGUCAAUUUACACUUGUAAAUUAAGUCAUUUCUUCUUGCCAGCAAUGUUAACUUUUGGGUAAGAAUGGCUUUAAAAACACAUAUAGAAAUGAAGAAUGCCUGCUUAAAUUAGGGGCGGAUUUUAAGGAUAUACCUAAACCAGGAAAUUGCGGUGCCGUAGACACUUUUGGGACGCCGAGCAGAUGUGGAUUUUGAGGCAAGCCUAGGGUACACUUUCUGGCAAGAGGGGCUCGAUGCAGCUUGUAAUUAAAAAAGGACCAGCUUGUCACUGGACACUUCCGAUGGCCCCUUUCAA